AGGAGCGUCCUUCAGAAGUAAAUAAACUGCGGCUGUGAGUUCAUGUGUCAGCUGGCUGCAGGAGGAGCAGAGAGGAAACCCCGCAGGGAAACAUGGAGACGAAGAGCCGCGAGACGGGGAGAGCCGAGAAGAGCUCAGCAGGCAGCGGCCAACAGGAAUCAGCAGGAGGACUGUGGGAUUCUGUGAAGAAAGCUGCUUUUGUCAUCGGAUCUGGAAUCCUGUUCCUGGCUGCUUUUGGAAACUCGCUGACGUGGCAUCUUCAGAGAUUCUGGGGAGCUUCAGGAGAUUUCUGGCAGAAGUUGUGGACGCAGGUUUACCUGCUGUUUGAAGGUCAUGAUGCUGCGCUGUUCUUCGUAGGAACCAUGCUGGCCCCGACCUCGGUGUUCUGGAUGCUGAACGGCCUGCUGCUGCUGGUGGACACGUCUGGGAAACCGUCCUUCAUCACUCGGUACCGGAUCCAGGAGGGCAGGAAUGACCCGGUGGACCCGGCCAAGCUGCGGCAGGCGGUCCGGACCGUCCUGUUCAACCAGGUGCUGGUCUCUGGGCCCAUGGUGGUUCUGGUCUACCUGCUGGCCAGCCGGACCGGCCGGCCCUGCGGCCCCGAGCUGCCCACCUUCCACCGAGGCCUGAUGGAGCUCGCCCUGUUCUCCAUGCUGGAGGAGAUCCUGUUCUACUACUCACACAGGUUGUUCCACCAUCCCAGCCUCUACAAGCAUUUCCACAAGCAGCACCAUGAGUGGACUGCUCCCAUCGGCAUUGUCUCCAUCUACGCUCAUCCUCUGGAGCAUGUGGUACAGCCGCCAUUUUUUCUUCGUUUACUGCUAGUAGAUUCACUCAGGAUGUUUCCCUCCUUCAUAAUUAUGAGGAUAAGUGAGAUUGGUGAGUUCUGGAGGGCCACAUUAAUGUCUGUAGCGGGCCGUGUUCGGCCCCCGGGCCGGAAGUUGAUCUCUGCCUCUCCUGGUUCCAGGUUCAACCAGUGCUUCGGCGUGUUCGGCGUUCUGGACCGGCUGCACGGCACCGACUCCCGUUUCCGGCAGACGAAGCAGUAUGAGCGGCACACCUUGCUCACCAGCCUGACCCCGCUCACCCACAGCAUCCCCGAAAACCACAAGAAGGGCCAGUGACGACCUCCGACCUCCCCUCUCAGCGGGUCCCGGUCAUUGUGGGAGCCUUAACCCUUGACCCCGGCGUUGGCAGCUCCUGCAGCGCUUUGAUUUGUUAACAUGUUAAUUAUUUGAUAAAGGAAAUGUCGACCAUCUCCAGCUGCAACCUGGUCAUGAAUCCAGUUAGUCGGUUCCAGCAGAACUUCGUCUCGUUUUGAUUUCAGAUCCAGAUGUUUUCAGUAAAACAUGCAGAAUAUUUUCAUAGGAACAUUAAAAUGUUUCAGACGUUUUCAUUCUUUUGAUUCUGAAGAAAAGUGGAGAAUUUAAAUCUGUAAACGACUGAAAUAAGUUUUGUUUAAAAUAAUGCAAGUAAUAAACGCUUUAUUUCAAUUUCAUUGCGACUUUUUGUGUUUUCUGUAUUCUGGUUAUAUUAACACUUAGUUUUUGUUAUUUUGCAUACUGUACGACUUUAUUGUCAUAACUGAAGAGGAAUCAUCUCAGCCUGGCUGCUGCUAGUCGACCAGAAUUCAAACCCAAGUUCAUCUCUGAAACAUGGAAAUCCAGAGAUUUUAUCUGUGAACUUUUUUUUCCCCCAAAAAAAUCUAAAGGUAGGUGAAGCAGAGAUAUGGAUUUAGCAGCACUAAGGAAGAGGAAGCCAGAGGGACUUCCUGCUCCGUCAGAAAUCACUCUCCUGCGCCGCUUUCAGGGUUUUUUUUGUGCGUUUUCAGUUUUUUUUUUCUUUAUUAAAGGAUAAAGCAUAAUUACUACAAAUUACAAAUAACACUAAUAGCGAAUCACAUCAGCCUACAAAGCAGAUAUUAGGAAUAUUAAAUGUUAUAAUACAAGCUCUCAUUCAAGUAUUUUACAUUUUUUGCCACUUUAUAUAUAUAUUUUUUUGUUCCUUUUAUCCUCGUUUUCAUAUUUUUUUUCCUCAUAACAAGCCAAAGGAAAUAUUAAAUGGUUCAGGUAGUUCUUAUUCAUAUGGCUUCAUGGAAACUUUUGUCCUUUUCAGUCUCAUAAGCAGCCAAGUUUUCCGUCCGGAUCUCCAGUCUUUCUGUUCACACCCGACUGAGCGGGCAGCGCCCCCUGGUGUCCAGCGGCGCCCCCUGGUGUCCAGCGGCGCCCCCUGGUGUCCAGCGGCGCCCCCUGGUGUCCAGCGGCAGCUAGCAGCAGAUGGAUUCUUCCCGCCACAUAAACGGGAGGCUCUGAGGAAGAGGAUGAGCUGGGAGGAAGAGGAAGGUUUCCCAUUUUUACGUCCAACAGAGACUG